AGAACAAAAAAAGGAAACGAUUAAUCAAUUAUUAAAUUAGUCAUCGAUUAUUUUAAUAAACAAUUAGUCGUCGAUUAUCAAUUAAUCAUUCCCAUUAGGAAGGACUAUUUUCUUUGGCGAAUGAUUUGGCACCACAUUCCCUGCGUAUGCCUCUGCUGGGUGACAGAAUGCUUUUUCUCCUAAUCAUGAAAUAAGAUUUCAGUUUUAGCUUUUAUUUUCUCAUUUUUCAGUAAUGUCUCGUCUUCGCAGCAGGUUGGACUCUUUGUUUGUUUUGAUGAAAGUCACUUGCUGCUUUCUUUAUGAUUAACUGAACUCUAAGUCUGUGUUGCUCUGUGUUUGUCCUGUACAUCAACAGACUGAAACAAUCGAACAAAAACCAUCUCAGCUCAAAUUCAGUCCGGCGCGGUGUUUAGUUUAGACAAGGUUUAACUCUUUUCCUGACUUUAAUAGGACAGCUGGACCGUCCGUCUGACCCGAGCCUCUCUGCUCUGUGCUUAAAAGUUCUGAUCCCAGGUGACCUUCAGUUCAGGCUCUGGUGUUUUGUUCAGGAGGAACUACUGGUGCCAUCUUAUCCCUGACAUGUUGGUGCUGCAGUGCCUUUUUAAACUUCACAGAUUUAUAUUUUAGUUUGUAGUUUACGUUGGACGAGCAGAGUUAAUAUAAAGUGCCAAAACCACCUGUUUCUAAUGAAUGCCUUUAAGGGAUUCAGCUUUUUUUUUUUUUUUUUACACGAAGCCAGUGUAUUCUGAGCUGGAGAAUAAGGGAGUGGAGACAGACAGAUAGUUAAUGUUUUUUUUUCUGUUUGGAACUUCUCACUGUAAUGUUUCUGAAUGACAGCAGACAUCUGUAAUCAUACCUCUGCAUGCACACUCUCACUGUUAGGAAGUGCCUCAUUUAGAUUCAUUAAACAACAGAUAACACUGUGAAACUAAAAUAUGCAUGUAUACGUUUUGUUUCGUAAGCAAUUCAAAUUGUGCAGAAUUAAUGCAUUUUUUUCUAAUAUAUUUCCAGAAAGUAUUGUGUCAAAUGUAUGCAAUUUAUUAAACAUUUAUUGUAAAGAUUGUUUGACGCUUUUAUGUGACUUCAUGUUCUGCAAAAAGCACACAGUCUGUGAGUUUACACCCAAAACAACAAGAAAGAAACUGCAUAAGGCAAAUAAUCAAACAAAAAUCAAGGAGGCAUAAAAGUAUAAUCAGGCUAAAUCAUAUUUUAUGGUAAUAAAGAUCAUUUUUGGCCUGAUUUGUUUUUAACUAACUUUAAAGAACUAACUUAAAUGAUUCUGCUAAUAUUCAUGUAGGGCUCAAGCUUUCUUAAUUUUAUUUUCUUUUUAGUUAACAAAAAGCCCCUUUUUAUUAACUGGACUGUGUUCCACCGAAAAAGAGGAUCUGAAUUGUCCACCUCACUGUCACCAAACAUACAAUCAUUUGCAUGCACUUUAAAUAUUUGCCUAUAAAUAAUUUUAGAUCAAUUUAAUUUGCUUUGUUCACUAAAGAAAGAAUGCCAUUUAAAAUGCAUUCCCCUUACAUUUAAGUAAACAUAUUUUAAUUUGAUUAAUAUUGCAUUUGUAGGGUCAUUUUCUGUCCCACGUGUGUCUCACAUGAUUAACUUAUUGAAGAAUCUUAUUGAGAACUGAAUAUUGAAUUUCAAACUUCACCCAGGUUAUUUACCUUUGACAUAUAUGUAUUUUCUUUUAUUUAAAACAUAUGUAUUGUUCAAGUUAUAUUUGUGAUUAGUUUCCAUUAGAGAAGACCAGCAGCAUAAAUCAUUGGAAGGCCCAGCUGAAACUCGUGUGUCACUGUGAAUGAUGGGCGUCACCGGAGCGCCCCCUGCUGUCCAAUCAGAGGGCUUACAAAGGUUUCGACACCACCCCCCAGCGGCCGCACAGGCGCACUGAGCCCUCAACUGCCAUUUUGUGGAAUAAGCUACUCUGCUGAAGCGGGAGAGGAAAUAAAAUAAACUGCGGAGAAGACUGCACUUUUUUUACACGUCAAACUUUGUUGCUCAGACUCUGUGCUUUCAGCCGGGUUCACCGGGAGAGAAAACACAACAAAAACAGUUGCUGUGCAGCAUGAACGGUGGGUCGGCUGAUGGUGUAGAAGUGGUGGAUGUCCCCACUAAAGACUUCCCAACGAUUCAGGCUGUUCACAGCCAGGACCCCACGGUGGUCGAUCUCCUUCAGCAAGCUGCGGAGGCCGAGGGUGUAGUGCAGACACAAGCUGGAGUCCUGUUGGAGCAAGGUCCUGAAGGAAUGGUCACUGUGUCCCAGUCCCAGCAGGAACUGAUGGAAGCUGGAGUUAGUGUGGGCGUGGGAGCGGGAGUUGAAAUGGUGGUUGUGGACUCCCUAGAUCCAACCCUGAUGCAGGUGAAGACUGAGGUACUGGAUGCUGCAGUAGGCGGGUCAGCAGCUACAAUGGGUUUGGUUGGAGAGGUUGCAGGAGCUGCUCAUCAAGCUGCUAUGGCAGCAGUGGACCAGACUCAGAUCAUCACCUUACAGGUGGUAAACAUCAAAGAGCAGGCAGCCUUGGGCCUCGGGGAGCUCCAGCUGGUCCAGGUGCCUGUAUCUGCCACCACUGUUGAGGCUCUGCAGCAAGGCACGUUUGUAGAGACCACCGCCAUGUCCAAAGACGGAGACCCAGUCAUCUGUCACACACUGCCUCUCCCUGAAGGCUUUCAGGUGGUUAAAGUCGGCGCUAAUGGGGAGGUGGAGACCGUGGAGCAGGAAAAAGGAGAAGAAGCCCACGCUGAAGUAGAGGAGGAGCUGGAGGACGUGGGAAGCCAGCUGCUGGAAGAAGAAGAAGAAGAAGAAGAUGUGGGCGAGCCGCUAAAUGAUGAAUCAAACUGGGGCAAAGACCCAGAAUAUCAGCCUCCUUCAGGAGUGGUCAAAAAACCAAAAAAGGGUAAGAAGAGUCGUCUGCGUUAUACUGAAGGGGAUAAGGACAUGGAUGUCAGUGUCUAUGAUUUUGAAGAGGAACAGCAGGAGGGUCUUUUGUCUGAGGUUAACGCAGAGAAGGUUGUUGGAAACAUGAAGCCGCCCAAACCUACCAAGAUCAAGAAGAAAGGAGUAAAGAAGACGUUUCAGUGUGAGCUCUGCAGCUACACGUGUCCUCGUCGCUCCAACCUGGACCGGCACAUGAAGAGCCACACCGACGAGAGACCUCACAAGUGUCACCUGUGUGGAAGAGCCUUCAGGACAGUGACUCUGCUGCGAAACCACCUCAACACACACACAG